AUGGCCAAACAUCUCAUUGGCAAUGUGCCCAUCUGCUCACAUAAAUCGCUCUCAGUUGACUAUCUGCGAGAGCAUGUGAAAAACUGUGGGCUUGCAGAGAAGAUUGAGCUGGUUAUUUGUUCCCCUUUACUAAGGACUAUGCAGACUGCAGUGGGGGGUUUUGGUGGUGAAAGCUAUACUGGUGGAGGUGGUGCACCUCCGUUAAUGGUGGAAAAUGCUGGACAAAGUGAACGUCUGGCAAUUUCAAGUUUGAACUGCCCACCGUUUCUUGCAGUUGAGAACUGCAGGGAGCGCUUGCAAGGUGGGCAUCCCUGUGAUAAGAGGAGGAGCAUUGCAGAGUAUCGAACAAUCUUUCCUGCCAUCGAUUUUUCACUGGAAAAGAAUGAUGAAGAUGUUCUUUGGGUACCAGAUGUUAGAGAAGCACAUAAGUCAGUUGCAGCGAGGGGUAUGAAGUUCAUGGAUUGGUUAUGGACGAGAGAAGAGAAAGAGAUAGCUAUCGUCACCCAUAGCGUCCUAUUACAAGAUACCUUAUGCAUGUACAGCAAGGAGUGCCAUCCAACCAUAAGACACGAAAUGAGCAAGCGCUAUCGCAAUUGCAAGCUCCGCUCAAUGAUACUUGUUGACAGGAGUGUGAUUGGGUUGGGCUCCCCCAGUUUGAACUACCCAGGCAAUAUUCCAGUCAGACUUGACUUGCUUGGCAAUAGCAUGUAAUUUAAUACGUAACGCACGGAAUUGGGGGAUUGUGAGAAACACAUGGUAUUUUGAUGUAUGAUGAUGACUGAGAUGUGAGAUGUGGAGAGGACAGGAUUGAUCACAAGAAGCAAGAAUUCUCACGGGUAUCUUCUUGGAUUGAUCACAAGAAACAAGAAUUCUCAAGGUUCUUCAUUGCAAAGGGCAGCUUCGAAAAGUGCCAGCACGUACCAACCUACGUUUCAAUCGGUUCCUGCUGAAAAUAAUAUCCUGCAUUGUAUAUCGUGCACAACUUGAAAAUUCAUUUUUGAUGCAAUUAUCGCUUUUAAUUUUAUAAUUACAGUCAGUGUCAGGACAAUUUUAAAAUUUUCUUGGGGAGUUGUCUUUGCUACAAAACUCUUGCAGCAGCUUAUCCGUUUAUGCACAUAUACAAAUCCUGCAGCAAUUUAUCAUGUCAAUUUGAUUUCACCUUGCUAAUGAUAAAAAAU